AUGCGAAUCUUUCUCCUGCCUCUCACCACGCGACAAGCACUCGUCUUUUGUCAACGCGGCGUCCAAAAGUCGAACGCGAAGCCGACCAUCGUCGAUCGAGUAACGGCGAGGGCUGCUGAAACAUGGGCCAAAUGGGAAGCAGCAGAUAGAGGAUGGAGAAAAACAGUGGUUUACUAUGGUAACCAAGGCCUGCAGCGCAUACCUUACCAGGAAUGGGGAUUAAAGAGCUUUCCUCCCUCGAACCCCAAGCUGCAGGCCGAGCAGCUUGCGCAAGGGAAGAAAUUCGAUGUCGUCUUUCCUGGCAAUGUCAUGCAUAAAGAUGAUGUGCCAAAAGUUUUGGCAAGGCUAGCGAGGGAAAGAAAGCAACUGCAUUGGAACCGUUUCAUUGGAAGCAUGGUUGCUAUGCCCCUCUGCAUACCAUUUGCUUUGGUGCCAGUAAUACCCAAUUUUCCCUUUUUUUAUGCUGCAUACCGGUGUUGGUCCCAUUGGAAAGCUUUGAAAGGUUCAGAUCAUUUGGACUUUAUCCUGGACAACCGACUUUUCCGGCCAGUUUCACCUCCCGAGAUUGAAGACCUGUAUGAGCAGGUCGCACCUGAUGCACCGGAUUUCACGUUUAUCACACGAAGCCAGGUCCUAGACGGCAGUGCGCCGCCCGAACAAAUCAUCCUUCCAGCAGACAGUCACAACCUUGUCGCCAAGGUGACAAGAGUGCCAGAGCUGAGUGGUGAGGUGGAGAGGGCGAUAUGGCAAAUACAAAGACAAUUCAAACGCGACAAACAACAACUUGAACAGAAGGCCCUGUCGCAGCCGAAAAGAGAUAGUGGGAACGCAAAGUCCAAGAAUAAGGGCCAAUAA